UACGGAUUCGUCUCCUGCGCUACACGUGAGAUUGUGUGAGGCGGCUGUUGGAUGUUAUUAUUCGGGGAAUUUAUACAGUUGAACCUUCCCAGCACUUAUUUAAACACCGGGGGACUUACUGAGUCACGUAAACUCCCAUACUUUUUCCAGAACAACCAUGGCGAAACGUGUCAGCAGAUUGAAGAAUAAGGGUAAGAAAAAGGGACUCUCCGCGGCCAAGAUCUCGAAUAUCCAAAAGUACAAACAAGCCAAGAAAGGAAUCCUGACACCAGCCCAGAAGAAGAAGAAAGAUGAAGACAAGAAAGCAAGAAAGCACGAGGCGUUCUGUAAGAUACAGAAGGACAGGAAGAAGUUCAGAGAGCUUCAGGCGAUAUACGCAACGGACGAGGAGGCGUAUCCUCUCACGGCGGAGAUUACAGGAGAGGAAAUGAUGAACAUGAUGGACCCAGACGACCUCACUUACCUGAUAGAAACUGAAGGUAAGAAGAAGAAGUAUCAGGAUUUGUUAGCUGCCGAGGAGGCGAAGGAGGCGGCCACCAUAGCACACGAGAACGAGGACCGGAGCUUUGACAAAAAUCCCCUGGCCAGCAACAUGAGAAGUCUGCUCCCUAUCAAGACUGACCAGGGCAUUAUCCCAAGAUACAUGGAAAUAAAGGAGGAAACCGAGGAAGGUGACGAAGAUGAUCAGCAGCCGCCACCACCAACUGAUGAAGAGUUGAAAAAACAGCAGACUAAGGAUGAGCGAGAUAAGAAAAAGUCGACCUUGGAGUUUUUGUUAGAGAGACACAGAAAGUUGGAGUUGAUGAAGGUCAAGAUUGGUUGUCUUUCAGCCAGCUUUAUUGAGGAACCCCAAGAGAGAAUAUCAGCUCUCUCCAGUAUACUGCACUGUAUGAAAGGCUUAGAUCCAGACAUUGCCAUCACCAUCAAGAAGUACGCUGCUCUCAGUUUGCUGGAGGUGUUCCACUAUAUUAUCCCAUCAUAUAGCAUCCACCAUAAUGAUACUGACCAAAAAUUAAAGAAAGAGACGAGGAGGUUAUACUUCUACGAAAACCAAAUGUUGUCAGCUUACCAAGCCUACCUGAAGAGUCUGGAGGAAAUGUUGCUGAAGGAAGAGAGAAAGAAGCGCAAGAACCCGGCUCUUAAGCAAAUGGCUAUGGUGGCUCUGAAGUGCCUGGGUGAGCUGUUGAUGAAACACAGCCACUUCAACUACACCGGCAACCUCAUCCAAGCUCUUGUGCCGUACCUCAAUCACUCGGAUGACGAUUUCUUUUCUCAGGCCACCUCUUACUUCACCAGGCUCUUUAAGGACGACAGAGAGGGCCGCAUUUCUUUGGAAGUGGUGCAGCGGAUAGAUCAGUUCGUGCGCAGGAGAACCUUCAGAGUUCAGCCACAGGUGUUAAGGGUGUUGCUGGGGCUAAGGAUCAAGAACGUCCAGAGUUUAGAUGCUGAAUUAGAGGCCGAGCUGACAGCCAAGAGGAAACUAACCCACAAGGAGAAAUUGUUGAAAAAGCUUACUGAGAAAAACAAACAGAAGAAGUCUAAUAAGGAAGCGAAGAGGUACCGAAAAAAGAGAAAGUUGGAGGAACAGGUGAAAGAGAUAAAGAAAGAGAAGUCAAAGAAGGUGCGCAACACAUAUCACACCAGCAUCAUCCAGCUGGUUUUCGGUCUCUUCAUCCACGUGCUGAAGCGGCGGCCAAAUCAGAAGUUGAUGGGAAUUGUCUUGGAAGGUCUUGCCAAAUUUGCGCACUUGAUCAACAUAGAAUUCUUUGCAGACUUACUCAACUGUAUGAGUGAGAUUAUGGCUGAAGGCACCCUCAAGUUUCGGGAGUCUCUGCACUGUAUCCAAGUGGUGUGCACCAUCCUCUCAGGCCAAGGCGAAGUGCUCACCCUUGACCCCCAUAGAUUCUACAAAUACUUAUAUGUCAACAUGUUCAACUUAAGUUUAGGCUUAAACCACAAUGACAUCUUAUCUGCUGUGGAGUCCCUGAAGCAGAUGUUGGUGGAGCGGCGUAAGCGUGUGAGUGCUGUGCGAGUCCAGGCCUUUGCUAAGAGGCUGGCCACCUUGAGCCUCACCCUCCUCCACAGUGGCACCAUUGCCUCCCUCGCCACUCUUCGUAGUAUAAUCUUGCACCACCCAAGCACUGAAGCACUACUGGAGACAGACACAGAGGGAACCAGUGGCUUGUUUUCAGCAGAGAUAGAAGAGCCAGAACACAGUAAUGCUGCUGCCUCGUGCUUUUGGGAACUUCAUUACCUUACACGACACUACCACAAAACUGUCCAGCAGAUGUCGACCCACAUAUUGCUCGGGGCCCCUCUCCAAGGUGAAGGAACUUUACCUUACUCCCUCACUAAAAGACCGGCCGACGAACUUUUUGGGAUGUACGACCCAUCAGAAAUGCGCUUCAAUCCCACCAUCCCAAAUCCUAGCCAACACUUAUCUGGCAAAGUUAACAAGACAAAAAAACUCACCAAGAGACACAAGGGUGAACAAUGGAUGACACAUUACAUGACACAAGAGACCCAGGACCUGUUAACAGUGGGUCUCUUGUCUGAAGACCCAGUUACUGUUAAUGGGUCUCUCAGUAAUAAUAUAAAUGGACAUUCUGAAGAAAAUGAUCAAUCUUCUAUGGCUAAAUCACCUUCAAUUACCAAUCUAACAACUGCUAACUUUUUCACAGGAAUGUUUUCUAAUAUGGAUGUUGAAAAAAUACCAAGUCAAAUUAUGACUGAAAGUCAAUAUGGUGAAGACUUCACACUUAGUCUUCUUAAAGUUGCAUCUAAGACCUAACUGCAUAUAUUAAUAACAUUUACAAAUUGUUUUAUUAUCUUCAUAUUUUUAGGCUAAGUAUUUUUAAAUUAUAUAGAAUAUUUUGUUGACAAAUUGUAACAUUUAUUUUGAAGGCAGUUCAUGAAAAUUCACAUUAAGUGAAAUAAACUGAUACAAAUUU